AUGAUAAACGCGGACAGGCAUAUUUACUUGUGGAAUCCUGCCACCCGACUUAGCACCAAAGUGCUUGAACUUGACCCCCGGUUAGGUGACUAUUAUACACGUGGGGGACUUUGUUUCGACUUCUCCAAGAAUGUUUACAAGGCUGUGCUGAUUCUUGCACACGUGAGUGACCAUCACGACGCAGACCCAGAUUAUGGUUAUAGGCUUUUUAUAGUUGCUAGUCUUAAAGACAAACACUGGAGGAAACUCGAAUUCCCUUAUGACAUCGAUGUCAACUUAGUGAGUGACGGGAUUACAUUGCAGGGACGACUUCACUAUAGGGUAAGGUUCAAAAAAUCCUAUUGUGAAAAUUAUAAUGACGAAGAUGAUUUCAAUGAUGGAAAUAAUAAACGUCACAAGAGUGAUUCUCGUAACCAGGUAAUUUGUUUUGAUCCCAUCUCUGAAAAGUUCAUUAUGUUUCCUGUCCCUGAGCCUAAAUCUAAUCAAGAAGAGAAUGCUAUAGUUGAUUUAGGAGUUUUAAAUGAAUGUCUUUGUAUGACUUGCUUGGAUGAUGACAAGGGCGGUGUUGAGAUAUUGGUCAUGAAGGAAUAUGGAGUAAAGGAAUCAUGGACAUCCUUAUUUUUCAUAAGGAAUUUAGAAAUAAAUCCACCUUAUGGGUUUGCAGUGCCCUUUUCUGUCACAGAGAUCGGAGAAGUAGCAUUGAUAAUUAAUAGAAGA